GCCCCACCCCUCUGGUUGGGCUGGGCUGGGCUGGGCUGGGCUGAAGAACAAUGACAUACGAAGAAAGACGACUCAGCCCCUGCAGGACCUGGGCAAAAGGGAGGGAGCUGGGAGGGCCUGACCAGAGGCCCGGGGUGCCGGAGCUGGACCCAGAGCUCCCACCGCAGCCAUCCCUUCCCCAGGCUGGGUCAUGCGCUGCCCCAAGUGCCUUCUCUGCCUGUCAGCACUGCUCACGCUCCUGGGCCUCAAAGUGUACAUCGAGUGGACAUCGGAGUCUCGGCUGAGCAAGGUCUAUCUAGGACCCCAGGGCACCCUGCCAGGCCCCUCGCCAGCCAGUCCUGAGCCCACCCUGCCAGCUAACCUCUCGGCCCGUCUGGGCCAAACUGGCCCACUGCCCUUGGCUUACUGGAACCAGCAGCAGUGGCGGCUGGGGGCCCUGCCCAGUGGGAACAGCACUGAGGAGGGAGACUGCCGGGCUUGGGGGGCUGCCGCGGCAGCUGAAAUCCCCGAUUUCACCUCCUACCCUGAGGACCUCCGCCGCUUCUUGCUGUCAGCAGCCUGCCGGAGCUUCCCUCAGUGGCUGCCUGGAGGUGGCCGUGGCCAAGUGCCCAGCUGUGGGGAAACCAAUAUCCCCUACCUGCUGCUGGCUGUCAAGUCGGAACCAGGGCGAUUUGCUGAACGACAGGCCGUGAGGGAGACCUGGGGUGGUCCCGCUCCUGGAAUCCGCCUGCUCUUCCUGCUGGGGUCCCCAGUAGGUGAGGGAGGUCCUGACCUAGGCCCUCUGGUGGCCUGGGAAAGCCACCGCUACAGUGACCUGCUGCUCUGGGACUUUCUGGAUGUUCCCUUCAAUGAGACACUCAAGGACCUGCUGCUACUGUCCUGGCUGGGCCAGCACUGCGCUGGUGUGAGCUUCGUCUUGCAAGCUCAGGAUGAUGCCUUUGUGCACACUCCUGCCCUGCUGGACUACCUGCGGGCCCUGCCACCCAGCUGGGCCCGAGGCCUCUACCUGGGUGAGGUCUUUUCCCAGGCCAAGCCCCUCCGGAAGCCUGGAGGACCUUUCUAUGUGCCCAUGUCCUUCUUUGAAGGUGACUACCCGGCCUAUGCCAGCGGGGGUGGCUACAUCAUCGCUGGACACCUGGCACACUGGCUGUUGCAGGCAGCAGCCCGUGUGGCACCGUUCCCCUUCAACGAUGUCUACAUUGGCCUGUGCUUCCGUGCUCUUGGCCUAGCGCCCAGGGCCCACAUCGGCUUCCUCACAGCCUGGCCAGCAGACCGCAGGGCUGACCCCUGCGUUCUCCGUGACCUACUGCUGGUGCGACCCAUCAGACCCCAGGAGAGCCUUUGGCUCUGGAAACACCUGCAGGACCCUCAGCUCCAUUGCUGAGUCUCAGUGGGGUUGGGAGGGGAGGGCCAACCUGGCCUGGGCCAGGGCCUCAGUGCCUGCCUCUUGCCUGCCCCUUGCUCAGCCUCUCUGUGAGGAGGUCCUAGAAUCACAACUGCUUGAGCCCCUCCUGGGCUGGCCCAGGCUAUGGGACUGGGCAGCAGGAGGCAAAGGACUGUUUUUGUCUACUUUUUGUUUUUGGAAAAAAUAUGAAUGCCCCACUCUGAGGC